ACAGGUCCGCUGGUUUACGGCUCUCCUCCGUACAAAUAAUACAAGUACUUUAUUUCAAAGCAUAUUACUCCAGUAGUAGUCCAUAUGACUUAGAAAACCACAUUGCUAGAUACUUUUGUGAUCAAACCCCACCACUCGCCGCCGUGAGAGGUGGCGCGUGACCAUCAAUAAAGUGGGGAUGGGUCAGGAAAUCAGCUGUAUAAGGCAAGGAGCGCGUGAGCAUGCUCUGUUCAGAGGUGUUCAAAAUGGAGAGCUCGAAAUAGUUCAAGCCAUGGUUGACCAUGACCCAUCUGUUUUGUCUAGGACCACUGUUCAUGGCAAUCUCUUUGCACUUCAUGUUGCUGCUGUUCAUGAUCAGAUCGAGAUUCUUUCUAUGCUGCUGGAGAGAUCUGUUAAUCCGGAUAUCUUGAAUCGACACAAGCAGACCCCAUUGAUGUUGGCCGCGAUGUCUGGGAAUAUCUCUUGCGUCGAAAGGCUUAUCCAAGCAGGUGCAAAUAUUCUUAAGUUUGAUUCACUUCAUGGACGAACCUGUUUACACUAUGCUGCGUACUAUGGCCAUCUGGAUUGCCUGCAAGCUAUACUUUCGGCUGCCCAUUCUUCCCAUAUUGCAAUUUCUUGGGGGUUUGCGAGAUUUGUCAACAUAAGGGAUGGAAGUGGUGCUACUCCACUGCACUUGGCAUCACGUCAAGGGUCUGCUGACUGCAUUCACUUUCUUCUUGUCAAUGGGGCUCUUGUUUCUGCCUCUACUUGUGGUUAUGGCUCCAGUUGCAGCUACCCAGGGAGCACCCCACUGCAUUUGGCAGCUCGCGAAGGUUCUUUGGACUGUGUCAGGGAAUUGCUUGCUUGGGGUGGAGAUAGACUUCAGACAGAUUCAUCUGGGAAGAUUCCGUACACGGUUGCUUUGAAACACAAACAUGCAGCAUGUGCAGCCUUGUUAAACCCUUCAUCUCCAGAACCUCUAGUGUGGCCAGCUCCUUUGAAGUUCAUCAGUGACCUUAAUCCAGAGGCAAGAACUCUAUUAGAGAAAGCCUUAAUUGCAGCAAAUAAGGACAGGGAAAGGGUUAUCUUGAGGGACACAAUGAACUCAUUUUCAUCAUCCCCUGUACAUUCUGAUUCUGGGCUUGCAGAGGAUAUUUCUGAGGCAAGUGAUGUUGAUUUAUGCUCCAUUUGUUUCGAGAAAAUCUGCACUAUUGCCGUCAAGGAUUGUGGUCACCAGAUGUGCGCACAGUGCAUGCUAAUCUUAUGUUGCCACAAUAAGCCAAAUGCUGCCAGUAGUUGUUCAAAAUCACCACUAUGCCCAUUUUGCAGAAGCAACAUUAGCGAACUGGUUGUUGCUAAUGUCAUGGCAAACACCAGUACGGAUGAGGAGCUCAGCCCUUCAAAGCCAAGGAGAUCAUCAAGAAGGUCUUUCAAUAGUGAAGGCAGCAGCAGUAGCUUUAAGAGUUUGUCAGCACUGAGCUCAUUUGGAAGGACAGGCGGUCGAAAUUCAGGAAGAGUUGUUGCAGAAUGCAGUGAAGAUCUUGAUAAGUUUUGAAACCGUAAUAAAGUCCAGAAAUAGAGAAGUCGCUAUAAUCUUAAUGUGAGCUUACGUAGUCGAGUACACCGUUUUGUAGGGUUAUGCAAUGAUUUGCUUUCGUCUCUGGUAGCUUUAAGUUGCGAAAGUUGUGAUCAAGGUUAGCAGCCUGAGUGAAACAUGGAUGCAAAACAUCCAUACUUUUUUCCCCGGCUAUGACAAAGGAAGAGAUCCAUUGUCCGGCCAAGGAAAACUAAUAAGAUACAAGUCUUUACUCAA